AUGGAAUCUAAAGCAGACACUCCUGACGCUGAAAUGACUGUGUCAGCAUCUCAAAGUGAAGACAAACCUACUUGCAUCAUUGUUAUGGGAAUGGCAGGCUCUGGUAAAACUACCUUCGUGAAGAGACUAUGCUCAUAUCUAAGUGAAAAGGAGAAUAAGAGUUAUAAUAUUAACCUUGAUCCUGCUGUUAUUCAGUCUCCAUUCCCAGCUCAUAUUGAUAUUAGAGACAGUGUUAAAUAUAAGCAAGUUAUGAAGAAAUACCAGCUAGGGCCAAAUGGAGCAAUUUUAACCUCACUGAAUUUAUUUGCUACUCAAUUUGAUCAAGUCAUUGGAUUAAUUGAGAAAAAGCAAGGAGAUUUCAAGCAUAUCGUAAUUGACACUCCAGGGCAGAUAGAAGCCUUUUCAAUGAGUGCAAGUGGACAAGUCAUCACCGAAUCGCUAGCAUGUUCUUUUCCUACAGUGAUUGUUUAUGUAAUAGACACGGUUAGAGCUGAAAAUCCAAAUACUUUUCUGUCUAACAUGCUUUAUGCCCUGAGUAUAAUGUAUAAGACAAAGCUUCCUCUUGUCUGUGCCUUCAAUAAGACUGAUAUCUUGAGCCAUGAAUUUGCCCUCACUUGGAUGAAAGAUUUUGAGGAGUUUGAAGACGCUCUUAAUUCUGAUAAAUCUUAUCUCAGCACUUUGUCUAGAAGCAUGAGCCUUGUCCUACAGGAAUUCUACGAAAAUCUUAAUUCAUGUGGUGUAUCAGCAAUGACAGGAAUUGGAUUCGAUUCCUUGCUUGAAUCUGUCCAGAAGGGUGCCAAAGAAUAUGCUGAGAUUUUCCUUCCUGACAUAAAGCAAAGAAUGGCUAUUAACGAGGCCCAAAAGAAGGAAUUUGAGGAUAAAAAUAUCCAAGAAUUUGAAUCAGACAAGAAGGAGGAAGAAAUCGAAGCAAAGGCGAAGGAAGAAAGCGAUGAGCUUAACAACAACCUUGAGAGCAUGUAUAAAGACUUUGAUUCUUUACUCAAGGACGUAAAUCAGUAA